UUUCCCUUUCCCCUUCCCCCUUUUUCCCUUUUUCCCUUUCUCCUUCCUUCCUUCCCCCCCCGGGAGCAGGAAGGCCGGGAGCGGAGGAGCGCGGGCCCAUGAUCCCCAAGCGGCGGCCCCCGCUGCUGGCCCGCCCCGAGGCCGCGGAGCAGGCCGCAACGCACAGGUUCCAUCCAGCAAUAAAGGCCUUUGUGUGUGGUUCCAUCAGUGGGACUUGCUCCACUCUCCUCUUUCAGCCACUGGACCUCCUUAAAACCCGACUGCAGACCCUCCAGCCUUCUGCCCAUGGAUCGGGACGGGUUGGAAUGGUCGCCCUGUUCGUUAGAGUUGUUCGCACAGAAAGCCUGUGGGGACUUUGGAAGGGAAUCUCUCCAUCCAUAGUGAGAUGCGUCCCCGGGGUCGGGAUCUACUUCGGGACCCUCUACUCCAUGAAGCAGCACUUCCUGGUCGGCCGGCCUCCCACGGCCCUGGAGUCUGUCAUGCUGGGGGUCGGCUCCAGGGCCGUCGCGGGGGUCUGCCUGCUGCCCAUCACGGUGGUCAAAACCCGCUACGAGAGCGGAAAGUUUGGCUACGAGAGCGUGAUCGGCGCCUUGAAGAGCAUCUACCGGACAGAAGGGCACCGGGGCCUGUUCAGUGGACUGACAGCAACACUCCUGCGAGAUGCCCCUUUUUCUGGCAUCUACUUGAUGUUUUACAACCAAACCAAGAAAGCCGUAGCCCACGAUCAGUUGGACCCAGCCGUCACGCCCUUAGCCAACUUCGCUUGUGGGAUCUUCGCUGGUGUUCUGGCAUCCGUGGCAACCCAACCCGCGGACGUCAUCAAGACCCACAUGCAGCUGUCGACUGUGAAGUAUCGGCGGUUAGGCCAAGCGAUUGCUCUCAUCUUCAAGGACUUUGGGCUGCUCGGCUUUUUCCACGGCGGCGUGCCCCGUGCCCUUCGCCGAACUCUGAUGGCGGCGAUGGCCUGGACAGUCUAUGAGGAGAUGAUGGCCAAAAUGGGGCUGAAGUGGUGAAGGGUUUACGAUCUCCACCUGUUCGUUCCCUCCCACCCCUCCCGAGAUGGCGAGACCCAGCUGGUUGCCUCAUCGCUACCUUGUCCCCACCAGACAGUGUCUCGGUCCGACGAGGGGAUUGGGGAUGAGGGAGGAACGUUGGGAACUCUAAUAUAGGGGACCAGGCAAAGAUGUUUUAUUUCCCGGAAACGGGAAAGCAGUGAAUGUGUUCUUUGCUAUCGGAAGCAUUCUGAGCGAUCUGUAACCCCGCAGGACUUGCCUUGGCGAAUCCAGGUGUCCAGUAAAACCCCCGAGGGGUAAUUCUGUUUUAGCCAUGAACUUGCGUCGGGUCCUCUCGUAGGACAAACCUGUUGAGCAAGAAACUGAGACACUGGACGUCAAUAUGCCAGUUGCUGGGAGAAAAAUCACGGGGUUAGCUACAGCCACCUGUUUGAGCGGUGACCUGAUAUUCUGUCAACAGACAGAAUUUUAGAGGAGUGGGAAAUUUCCUUUCGCCUAUUUCAGGGCACAUUUGUGGUGGCUUUUGGUUUUUCUGAUCCCCCAGGACAGCCGUUGCUAAAGGGGUUCAGCCCUUCUGAGCAGGUAGCUUUCCACACUUUAAUCGUCUCCCACGUUGUUGACUUGUGUUGCGUUUACAGAAAAACACAGUGCUACCUUUGGCCUGCAGCCUAUUUUACCAAGAGCAUCCACAGGAACUAGAGUUACGGGAAAUAAGCAAUGCUAUGAUCGCUUGGCUUUCUGCAGAAUGUGGCCCAUGAAUCAUCAGUCAUAUCCGUAUUAUAUUGAAGGUUGCCUAUCCCAUUUGCCCCAGUAUAAUGUCUUAGAGACUCUCUUUCACCUGCAGCUAAGAUCGCCUGUUGGGCCAUGCAUUUGGCAAAGCUAU